UUUUCAAAUUUAGUACCAAUCCACCCCCCGAGUUCUCUCUGCUCUUCGUUUCCAGCGAAAGCUUCGUUUUCAUCGCUAGUUCCUUUCAUCACUGUUUGUUCUUCAGCCUGAGCCAAAGCUCCAUAGCUUCGGUCCUUUUAUAAAUAUCUUGAAAACCAGGGGGUUUUCUAGAAAAGUUUAGAGAGAGAUAGAGAAAGAGAGAAGAGGAUGGGCGACGAUAAGGCGGCGAACAGCGGGAUGGGAAGCAGAGAGCGGGACUUGGAGCUCUUGAUCCCCGUCGGCGAGCAUGGCCCCGCUGGUGACUCCGAUUCCAAGGCCUCCGGCUCCGGCUCCGGCUCAUCCUCUCACCAUCACCAUCAUCACUCCAGCCGUGAGGCUUUUUACAAAGUCAUUCAAAGUUGGGCUUCGAAAAAGUUCAUGACUGGAUGUGUUAUCUUGUUCCCGAUUGCGAUUACUUUCUAUAUUACCUGGUGGUUCAUUCAUUUUGUGGAUGGGUUCUUUUCUCCAAUCUAUGCUCAGCUUGGGAUCAAUAUAUUUGGACUUGGUUUCAUAACUUCCAUCACAUUCAUUUUCAUGAUUGGAGUUUUCAUGUCAUCAUGGUUGGGUGCAUCUGUACUUGGCCUUGGCGAGUGGUUUAUCAAGCGAAUGCCAUUCAUCCGCCACAUCUAUAAUGCAUCCAAACAAAUCAGUGCUGCUAUAUCACCUGAUCAAAAUACUCAAGCUUUCAAGGAAGUGGCUAUUAUAAGGCAUCCUCGAAUUGGUGAAUAUGCAUUUGCGUUUAUCACUUCAACUGUGGUUCUUCAGAAUUAUUCCGGUGAAGAGGAGCUCUAUUGUGUCUAUGUUCCAACAAACCAUCUCUACAUUGGUGAUAUAUUUCUCAUCAACUCCAAGGAAGUGAUAAGGCCAAACUUAUCUGUCCGGGAAGGAAUAGAAAUUGUAGUCUCCGGUGGCAUGUCAAUGCCUCAAAUUCUUUCCACUCUAGAUUCGCAUACAAUUGACAUGGACAGAACCAGAACUAGCAGAAGCUAAGAAACAAAUAUUCUCAUUCCCCUGGAUACUAUGACUCUGAAUUAUCAAAGUGUGAUGUGUUAACCUGGAGAUACAAAUUUAUAGUGCAUCUACCACCUCCCUUGUUUCAGAUCGACCAGCUGAACAGCAGCAUGUAAAAUUCUUCCUCGUUUCUCGAUUUUCAAUGCCUUGUGUGAUAUUUAAGUGUGUUGUUAUCAUGCUCAGAAAGUAUACACUGGAAGUGUACUGCUAACAAGAUUGCUUCAAUUAGUUCAUUGCAGUACUACAUUCAAUUCUCACC